AUGGACAACAUCGACGAAUCUGAACGGCUUGUAGAACAUCUACACGACUGUACGAGGGAAGCGAAGAGUUCCGAAACCACCAAGAGACACCUGUCUACGGAAACUCUAGAACUGAUACGUCAGCGUGGAGUUGCACAAGCUGCAGGCAACCACAAACCCGUCGCAAAGUUUUGCAAAGAGGGGAUAAAAGAAGACCUCAAAGAGAGAAGAGCAGAAGUGUUGGCUAAAGCUGCAGAAGCAGGACAGAGCAUUCGCUAUGCCCAUCGGAACUUCGUCAAUCGUAAAACAGUAAUGACUGCUCUCUGGACCCCAGAUUUCUUCGAUAGCCAUGUCCACCUGCCUCCUCACCAUCUGAGGGAAGAUGAACAUGUCAUUCCAAAGGUCUUUUGGAGGUCUUUCCGACAUCCGACAUGCUAUCAUGUCGGUGAAGAAACGUACUUCACCCGGUCCUGA